AUGUCUACGGAUCCACGCCAGGAGGACAUACAACACACCAAAGCGGUCUCGAAAACCCAGCACAGAAAGAACAAAAAGUACACUCCGCAGCAAAGACUGGACCAAGCAUUGCAAUCCGGUGCCCAAGGCGAGCGUCUGGCUUUUUACAAGCAAAGACUCGACCCCGUCGUGCGUCUCAUCGAAAAACGCCCACAUCAACUCUCCCUUCCUGACCAACUCCGUCUAUGCUUCUGUCUCCUCCUCGCGGCGCAUGCCAAUACCACCUCUGGCGAGUCUCCAAAGCAAUUCACACCUGAUAAACUGCGCUCAGACGUUCAAUGGCCGCGGUGGUCCUCGCCUUGGGCCGUGUUGCUCGCUCAUCAGAUUUGGACUCGUAUUGAAUCCUCCGACUUGCGAGGGUCUUCCGAGCUUCUUUUCUAUGCACAAUGCGUGCGCGCUCAGAUAUACUCCUUCUUUGGGCAGCUUUCAGAGGCGGAAGCUGAGCUGAACGUCCUAAUAAAUGACGAGGUGCAUGAUCAGGCGAUGGUUCUGCAGACGCUCAGAGCAUACAUCUUUUCUGCUCGACUGCAUGGAAAAGUAGAAGAGGCCCUGUUCCUCGUCUGUCGGCACUGGGAAAGGCUCUCUGUACACUUCAUUGGCACGGGGCUGUCUAUCCCCACGACGACGAGGCAGUAUAGUGAUCUCCUCCGCAAAGAGGUCCUGAACAUGUUCGGGGAGAUUGAGGGCAUCACACGUUGGUAUGCCGGACGACGUUCUACCAAUAAGAGGGAGAAAUCUCGACUUGAUUGGGACGAAUCGACACAUCAAAGGGUUGGCCUCCUCGCUUUUCUUUACCUAAGUCGCCGUUUCAGUGCGAUAGAGGACGGUCCACGUUACGGGCGGGUGCAACAGGUCGUGGCAGAAACGGCAAAGUUGAUCAAAGUCAUGAGAGAUGCAGGAUAUACACUUCCAUCGCAGCUCCUCCUGAAAUUCAGCAUCAACAUGGCAAGCACCGGGCAUCUACGGCUCUCGGAAUUAUUUUUAGAGCUCUAUAAUCACCAGCUUCAAACGAAUCCGACGGACGAGAGCGCCAAGGAGCUCGAUACAUACUCCCGCUCAGCACAACUGGUUCUUGCCGCUCGAAAGGGUGAUAUCUUGCAAGCAUUGGACCUUGUCGCCAGUCUACAGAAGGAUAAUGGGUUGAGCAAGAAAGAUGUUCGGAACCUUAUCCAGUCAUACCUGGAAGCGCCCCUAUACGAUCUUCAAUCACCCACCAUUCUCCCCGAUCUCGUCGCUUCUCCCUCUGUCGACCGAAGUAACCCACCGGUUGACCCAACGCCCUCCCCAUCCUCAUUCAACCUUCCUGACCGACUCAAGGAUGCCGAGGAGAUCUUCGAAGUCAUGCUGAUGCCACAUGGCCCGAGUGUGUCAGACUAUAUUCCCCUUCUCGAAGCGUAUGCUAGGAGUGGAAAUGUAGACAAGGUCACGCACUGGAUUGAACGAAUGCUAAGUGAUGGCAUCUCCUCGGAUGCAAUCCCGUGGAAUACAGCUCUCCGCGCUUUUGCCAACACGGGCAAUGCCCACGCCGCGGCCAAAGUGCUAGAGUACAUGCAUUCGAUUGAGGUGCAACGAAGGCAGAAAGGGAAGGUGGCGACUGACGAGGUUCAUGGCGCACGAGGGGCCAUCAGUGCGCAGACAUUGGACAUUCUCCUCAACCUCAUGAUUCGGCGACGGGACCCGCAAAAUGCGACGCGACUCUGGGAGGCUACCGUCAUCAACCGCGGGGUUCACCCGAGUCCAAAUACUAUCCUGAAGCUCAUGAGAGUCUAUGCGGAUAGCGGUCAAUGGGCGAGUGUCACCCGUAUAUGGACACUAUACGAAGAGGAUCUUUUGGUGGCUCCUACCGUCUCUCAUGGAGGUAACAAGACGGACAAAAAUAUGGACUCGUCUGUGGUCGCAGCCGAGUCUGAGCAACGGACAAGUCUGUACAACAUUGUCUUGCGAGCCUUUGUCGCGAUUGGGGCACCGUACAUCACCGUUCAACGCGUCUUUCAAAACAUCACCGAGCAGUCAGCUUUCCCCGUCGAGCCAAAUGCUUAUUCAAUGACGAUGAUGAUCAUCUCUGCAUGCGAUGCAGGUAUGAUGGACGACGCGGUUCACUACUUCCAACUCAUGGAUGACGAGGAGCGAAGAAGAGGUUUGAGUAAUGUAGAACGACUUCGAAGUGGAAUCAAGCCGGGACGAACACGCAAGCUCUCAACUACACGACAUCUCUCAUCUUACCGUCCCAUCUAUGCGCUUACGCACAUAUUGGCUGGCUUCGUCAAACAAGGAAAGUUUGACGGCGCUGAGUGGGUUUAUCAACAGCUCAGACGACGUGGGCUCAGAUUGCUGCCCUUGACCUAUGCGCUCAUCAUCAGGACCCUCAUUGAAUCUGAUUCUACCGGCAAUCUCAGCGAGGAGGAACACCAACAAAGCUUGCAGUCUGCUGAGCGCUUCCUCGCGAGACUUUUCGAAGAGCGCUCAGAGAAGGGUGAUUCGAUGCUCAAAGGACAAAUCCUUGGUCGCGAGAUAGUUGCGGGACCGCUCUUGGACGAGUAUGUCAAACGUAUGCGUCCUGAGAAGGUGGAGAGGUUGUUGGAGCAGAUCACGACUAUUGGUGAUGAGCCGUCGAUCACGAUUCUCACACGACUCAUGGACGCUUAUCGACGUAGUGGCAACAUUGAGCGCGUGGAGGAGACCUGGGAGCGUAUCAUCACCGUCACCCAAGCGUUGAUUGAAAUGGAGGAAACAACCGUUCGCUCUUUGACGGGAUCCAACGCUACUGACGACCACGGGGGAAUGGAGCCGAAUCAACCAUCCACAAGGGCAGGUGUUCUUCGCGCCACUCCUGCUCGCAGGAUGACACUUUGCUAUCCCUUGUCCAUCUAUAUGGACGCCAUGUCCGACGCAGGCCGACAACUCGAUGUAGCAAGGCAAUGGCAGCGACUCCGUGACGCUGGCUUUGCGUUUGACGCACACAACUGGAAUCAACUCAUUCUGGUCCUUCUCCGCGCUGGCGAGGUCGAACGAGGCUUUGAAGUUGUCGAGAACAUUCUGUCCGUACAGGGUGAGGAAGCUCUCGAUGUCAGACUCGAUGGGGGAGAUGAGAAUGGCAUAAAGGAGAACUGGGGGAUGGAAUGGGGACGACGCGCAUCCCGUAUGGAAACCUUAUCUCAUCCGGAGAUUAUGGCACGGUCCUCUCUGCUUCUGGAGGCUAGAACGGAUGGCGGGUCGAGGGACAAAGCUUUACUAAAGGAGGUGGACCAUUUACGGCGCAUCGUUCGCGAGGAGAUUGGCUGGCGAUUACACAACAAGGCGCGGGGAGCACUCCAAGAUAUCCUCGGUCGACUGCAAGCUGGACAACCCCUCGCAAACAUCCUGGCUGACGAGCGUGAAGGAGAGGUGUUUGACCCGCAGGCAAUAGUUACGGAUCCCUCGGAAGCACCAGAAGCCAGGAAGUUGUACAUGCUUCUGGUCGAGAAGUAUCCUCGAGCCCUGCGAGAGAUCUAUUCACGUUAG